AUGGCCGAAUCCGAGUCCCCACCUGGCCCCAAAGACAAACUAGAGGUUGCCUUGUUCCUUGCCGCUAGCAAAGGGUAUGAUACCAUUGUCACGCUUCUCCUAGGUACCCCUGGCGUGACUCUGGACUGCAAGGAUGAACUAGGUCGGACGCCAUUCUUCUGGGCCGCCGCCGAGGGCCACGACAAGGUCCUCCAGUUGCUCCUGGGCACUGGCGCGGUGGACCCGAACAUAAAGGACGCUAAGCGUGGCCAGUCCGCAAUAUGUGCCGCUGCGGAGGGCGGCCACGAGAGCGUUGUGGCUCGAUUGCUUGGUGUCGGGGUGGAUUGCCAUGCUGCGGACUCUCAAGGGAAGACACCAUUGGCAUAUGCGGUCGAACGAGAGAGCGCAUCGAUUCUGAAUAUACUGCUGCAAGCGGGGGCAGAUCCCAAUGUGAAAGAUGAGGGCGGCAUGAUCCCGUUGUCGACGGCGGUAGAGAAAGGCAAUUCGGAUAUUGUUGAAAUGCUAUUGAAGGCCGGGGCUGAUCCCAAUGCUGUCGCUUCGAAUGGGUGUCCGCCGUUGUUGUCGGCGGUGCAGGCUGAUAAUGAAGUCAUCGUGCAAUUACUGCUGGAAGCGAAAGCGGAUCCUAAUCUUAAGAGCUCGGAAGGGAAAGCGCCACUAUCGUGCGCUGUUGAAGCAGGAAAUGAAACCAUGGUGCAAUUGCUGCUGAAAGCUGGAGCCGACCCCAAUGAGAAGAAUCCAGAAGGACAGGCACCGUUGUCAUGCGCCGUCGAAGAGGGUAACGAAAUAAUUGUGCAGAUGCUGCUGAAGGCAAAAGCAGACCCCGACGUGAAGAGUCCAGAAGGACGAGCACCACUGUCGUGUGCUGUGGAAGCGGGGGACGAGGUUAUCAUGCAGAUGCUGCUUCGGGCUAAUGCUGACCCUGAUGUGAAGGACGGGGAUGGGAGGCCUCCAUUGUUUUGGGCAAUCGAAAAGGGAUCCGAGGAGGUAGUACGGUUGUUGAUUGCGUCUCGAAGAGUAGACCUCAAUGCAGUUGAUGACGGUGGUCGCUCUGCGCUGUGGUGGGCUGCAAUGUCUGGGCAAUUGAAUAUCGUCCGCCUGCUAGUUCGGUAUGGAGCAGAUAUGGAGCAGCAGCCUUCCUCGGGAGAGAAGUACGAGCAAUGUGGCACGCCUUUGUACCAGGCUGGCCGUCGGGGACAUUUCGAUGUGGUCAAGUAUUUGAUAAAGAAGGGGGCGAAUAUUAACGCUCCGGCUGGAGAACCAGGUCUGUCGCUACUGAUAUCACUGGUACUCUUUGACCGAACGAAAAGGGGCAGACGGAUGCUCGAAUUGCUGCUCGAUAGAGGCGCGGAUAUUAACUCACAAGACGCCUCUGGGAAGACGAUCCUGGAUCUUGCAGCAGCCGCCGGCGAUGUCGAGCUGGCCGAGCUGGCACUAGAGCAUGGGAUAAUGUUAGAAGCCACCGCGAAGGACGGCAUGACGGCUCUGCAUCGUGCAGUACUACAUCAGCACGAUAUCAUUAUGGAUAUGCUUCUGGACGCUGGCGCUGAUGCCGAAGCACAGGAUGGUAACGGGGAUACACCACUACACUUUGCGGCAGCCAGUGGUCGCAGGGGUCUCUUUGAGUUAUUUCUGGAGAAAUCCCCGGACAUCAAUAUUACUAACUUCUCGGGUGAAACUCCGCUGCACAAAGCAGUGCAACGCGGUCGUCGAAAGAUGGUUGAGUAUAUGCUGCGUAAUGGAGCGGACGUCAGCAUGCGCGAUGAUUAUCAACGAACACCACUUCAUAAGGCUGUGGGGUCGGAGAACAAUGUUAUGAGGUUAUUGGUCAAUCGGGGGGCCGAUGUUCAUGCGCGAGACAUGUUCGGCCAGACUGCUCUUCAUAUGGCAGCAGAGGCCGGGCUAGCAGAGGAUGUCUACUUCCUUUUGGGUCACGGAGCAGCCGGGGAUCUACCAGAUGACCGUGGUCGAACGGCACGGGACUUGGCUGUCAAGGCGAAGAAGAAGAAUGUCAUCAGGGUAUUUGAACGGAUGGAGUUGAUGGUUGCGAAAGAUUCGGAGGAAUCCUCUUCUGAUGUUUCGUCUGAUGAAUGA